AUGUCCUCUCCACUUCGCCCUCAGUUCUUCUGUGCCCGUCCAAACGGCACUAUCACCCCCCUCAUUGCUGUCGAUGAGCUCCCCUCCCAUAUAUCGAUCCGUGGAGUCCCUCGUACACUGUCCGCCAACGAGACCCAGGGCAUGACUAGCUUAGGCACCGUGAGCCCAAGGGCGCAAACCUACAUCAUCGAUGGCCUGGUGCCAGCGUCGACCCGCGCUUCUUCUGGCCCUCGUUCCCGUGACUUUGACCUGCAGGCCUCCCUCAUGAGACUUGUCUCUGAUGAAAAUGUUCCGGCAAACCAGCGCCUGGCCGUGAACGCCCUCCUUCAGCAAGGUAUUUCCCAGAACUGGUUCAUGUCCAACGCCUCGACCAGCAGUUGGUUGGUUCCUAGCAGCAGUGGUUGCACAGGUGGUAGCGGAAGUUCGAGGCAGGGCGCUCAUUACAACUCAAAGAAAGAAUUUUGUUCAUACUGGAUCCGCCAUGGGGAAUGCGAUUAUCAGCAGCAAGGUUGUCUCUAUAAGCACGAGAUGCCUAAUGACCUCCCCACCUUGGAAAAACUUGGCCUUCGGGAUAUUCCUCGUUGGUACCGCGAAAAAUACGGCAUUCCCAGCCUCCUGCCCAAUGGACAUGGUCAUCCACGUUCUCACGCUAGUCAUGCUCAACACUGGAAGGAUGAUGCUGUGGAGCGUGGUGCUAUGAAGUCGAUCCAGUAUCCUUCCCGCCUGGAGAUAAAUGGCGCGAUCGAAUCCUCAGAUAUCGAAAAGGCUUCUAAGCAGAAGGCUGCUCACUAUCUUUCUUCUCAGCAACAUGCCACAGGCGCUACUGGACCAUCUCGACAUGCUUAUCCAGCUGCGAGCUCACCCAAAACCUCGACCAACCCUAAGCAUGUACACAAGCAUAUCCCGGGCCCGGUUAAUUCAGUACCCAGAAGGAUAGAUCUCCUGACUUUUGAUCCCCUUCCAGAAUAUCCGACCCUGGAUCAUAUGGGAGGAGGUAUGAGUGAUCUGCCUUACCCUAGUCCUACCGACCAUGCCGCCAUCGAGAACGUUGAUAGGGUUCAACACGAGGAAUUUGUUCGCAAUCUUCACUCGCUUAUGCCAGCCCCUAUAGCCACGAGUGCCGACUAUCCGUCAACCUCCUUUGAAGGCGCCCCGACCCAGCCACGCUCCAAGAAAAGCCAAAAGUCGCGUCGUCUCUACCAGCCCUUGUCCCAAAUGAUUAUGCACGAUAUGAGCAUGGAAAAGAGAGAGGUUGACUCCUGCGGUACCUAUCAUAGUCAUGCGACUGCGUCCCCCGGUGCGGUUUCGGUCAUCUCCAAGGAUACUCCCAUCUCUCUGCUAGCGAGCCCCAUCCCUGACCCUUCUCAUGUGGGCGCCGCGUCCUCAGAGCCUCCGACUCGGGGCGCCUCUCCAUCGACUCAUUCUGGAGCCUCGUUCUCCUCUGGAUCCAGUCCUCGGACUCGUCGCAAUCAGUUCAAGGGAAAAGAUCCCAGAACGAUGCAGGCACCCAUCGGCACCAAACGAGUCAACAGAUCGACCGGAUCCCCAGUCAAUUAUGAAUUCUAAGCCGAAGUAUCAGGACAUCUGCAGGAAAUGCCACACACGGCGAAAAGAUUCCUCUUGUCCUCCAUCCUCCAUGUACGAUCAUCCACGAUCACCCACUGAAUCUCGUGGUGGAGCAAACCUUUUUUUUUUUUUUCCCUUUCCUUCUAUUUAUGGCUUCGACCAUAUGGAUACGAAGCAUUUGGGAAGCUUGACCAUAUGAUAAAUCGACUAACAUCUAGUUCAAUUAAAUAUACCUUUCUGCCGGACAGGAUGUCAUUUAUGAAUGGGUGGGUAGUUUGCAGUACCAAACCAUGCUAGGAUACCUUGCGUUCACGCCGGACUCAACCCUUUCUUGUUUUCGUGUGUCUUCUUUCGCUUUUGUUGGAUGGAUUCAUCGUUGUAUAUCCUCGAGGGGGUAUAGCACGAUAUGACGAUCAGGAUACAACAACUGCGCAAUGUGAACCUUUUGCGUUUCUUCGAGAUAUCGGUUUCUGUGAAGUACCUGUGGAUAGCUUCUUUUCUUUUUCUGUUCUUCCUUUUUCCCAUUUAAACAAGCUCGUGUUUCGGUGUAUUAUAGGGGGGUUGCGACUAUAACAUGCAUACACUGAUCCAGAAAACAAACAAACAAAAAGAUAGGACCCUAGGGAUAGGUACAGAAAUGGAUUUACA